UCAAUAAAUCCCUGACGUCAUCAGCGUGCGACCAGAUUCAGGUGACAGAAGAAGGAGAAAUGGCUGCAAGGUUACUGCUCCGCGGGGCUCUGAGAGCCGCGACAACCUGCCGGGCUGCCCCGGUCCCUGCUCUGACCCGCGGCAUGGCGGGUGGAGGCAUUCCCACUGAUGAGGAACAGGCCACAGGAAUGGAGAGGAUCAUUAUGAAGGCCAUGCAGGAGGGAUCGGAUCCCUACAACAUGUUGAAGCCGAAGGAGUACCCCGGCACCAAGGCCGACCCCCACCUUGUUCCCUCCAUCACAAACAAGAGGAUUGUGGGAUGCGUCUGUGAGGAAGACAACACAUCUGUGGUUUGGUUCUGGCUUCAUCAGGGCGAGGCCCAGCGCUGCCCGUCCUGCGGUUCCCACUACAAACUGGUGGCCCAUGAGCUCCCCCACUAGCUCCUCCAUACCUCUGUUCUCAUAGACUUCUAUGACACAGUGUUAGCUUCAGUUAGAAAUAUUCUGUUAACAUUCAGAACGAGCUGCAGAAACAUCAGACGGCAGCGUUUUCACUCUCCAGGAAGUCACUUUAACUUCCUGGUCUUAAGUGAUGCGUCGUCGUCCGAUUGGUCCUGGACUCGUUCUGACACAGUACUUGAUCUACCUGCUGACCUCAUCAGUCUUUUGCUUUACAUGUUACCAUUUACAGAGGGAUCACAUGUGGUUUGGGACACAACCUGUUUCUUUUCAACAUUUCCAUUCAGCUGCAGUUUACAUCCUCCUGUGUACUGUAUGAUGUUACACUCGGUCCACUUACUCACUUAUUAAACCAAUAAAGUUCAGAACUCUG